CUGACACCAACCUCCUUUGAUAAGUUUUGUCUGCUCACUUCUCCCGGAGACUCCACCUAGGUAGUCGGUUACACCACGUGAAUACUACUAGUACUAUGGAUUUCACCAUUCAACUUGGCUCUCAGGUCGCAAGAAUGACCGUCAAGUCGGUUUCAGACGACGCGUCUGACGACACAGCAGCAGUUCCGCCAUUUCUAAGACUUCCAACAGAGCUCCGGCGACGGAUCUUCAGCUUCAUGUACCCUUGGGGCGCUGUUCGCAGGGACGGACUACAAAGGCGAGCCUUGGAUCAUGUCACAGAAUUCCCACAUGAACCAGGCCUUCCAGUAUGGUCGUGGAAUUGCCCCGUAACUACCGAGCCUUGUACUCCUGAAUACGAGCAGUUCGGUGCGAUAGCGUUGUCGGAGCCUUCACAGCAAGAUGAGUUUGUUCGCGCCUGCACUAAUUGGCCCCGUCGCGCCCACCGAGCAGCCACAGAUGGGAUUGUGACGCUGAACGAAUUCGGUCUCGCCUGGAAUGGCCUUGGAAUUGCUGGCACCAAUCGCCAGAUUCGAAGAGAGGUUCAGGACUGCCUGUUUCACGACACUCAGCAGACAAUCCUGGUCGCACAUUACGCUACAACCAUUGCGGAUUACAGGUACAGAGGUCCAUUCAGAGGAUGGCAAGCUUUUCUAGAAGAUUAUCCAUUCGAAAUGUCACGUCGAGUUCAUAUCGUCAUUUCCCCAGCAAAUACCGAUCAGGACAAAAUCUAUCCGAACCGAAUCAUUUCACUGAGGGAGCGCGUCUAUGACCUUUGCAAGCGACUCCAGAAAGCCCCGGUCAUCCAAGAGCUAAUCAUUGACGCUCGAGGACCGUUCUUCGAAGUCCAAGAGGAACUUGAGUCAGCAAGUGCUUGGAUACUACGAAGGCAGGGAAUCGAUCCUGGUAGCGAGGAUGCCAAGCGCCGCAAUCUUGUUGUCAGCCGUGGACUCUACCACAACGUCCACGAAUCGCGUUCUGACCUUGAGCUGGUGCUGCAACCGUUCAAGAUUCUGAGCAACGUGCAAAGCGGCUACAUUCUUGUUAUGCCACGCCCCCAAAGAACACAUUUUGCGAACAUACUGUGCUCCGAACACAAGGUCAUCGCCCAAACGCUAAGAGAUUGUCUUGCGUCUCCCAAUAGUAAAGAGCAGGAAGCCGAGGAUGAGUACCAUGCGACUACUAGUGAAUGUUACAAGCGAAUUCGCUCGCGCAAUGCUUCAAAAUCGGGACACUCGGGCCAACUAAUAGUAAGUCGUCAGUUUUGACAUAACCUUCCCCGUACAUGUAUGUACGUGCGAAGGCACGACGGUCGAGGCCUGGACCCUAUUUGCUUUAUCAAUGGCAAUUCGGGCCAAGUACCGAGGGCUUGCGUAUUCAUUCUACGACGGGAGCUAGUGCGUUCGCGCCAGAUAGGGUCCGUUAUUCACGAUUGGUCUCUCAUUUUCUCUACGUCACUGUGGCUGGCCCUUUAGCUUUUAAUUAUACGACUUCGCUCAAUUAAGGCUACUUCGCCGCCUGACGAAGCCCGAAUCGUCACCAUCUUGGUCGGGGCUCCUAAUCCAGCCAUGGUGCUCGAGCUACGGCCA